CCGACCUUGUCUGGCUCACAGUCCCGCACCAGGCUGUGCGUAAACGGUGCUAGAACAGUUGGCGGCGUUUAAUGCCCCUUUAAGCGCGUACAACUUUUGCUCUCAUUCAUGUUUUUUAGUCGCAACACUUCCCCGUCUGGGUGAUGUGCACAGGAAUAGAUCAGCACUACUCCAACCUCUUCCGCAUAUUGGAUUCUAUGCAAAGAGAAGGUCGCCAGUGUCCCUCCAAGGAUUCGGAAAAUGAAGACUGCUGCUGACAUGGACUCACUAUUGUUUGACUUUUAAGACGUUUUGGGUUUUGUUUUUUUCAUGCGCAGUUUUGUUCCGGGGAUUUUCUUCAACUCACGAAGCAUUUGCUCCAUGUGUGGGAUUACGCGCUGCAUCGGUUAUAUUCGAAUAUAAUCGACUUUUGAAGAAGCCUGUGCAGAGCAGUGUACAGUGCACACAUUUGGUCACGAUGCAUUUUAUUUAGGACACCCUCUGUAAAUACAAAGUGCCAAAUUAAGCCGUAAUGGCGAACGAGUAUAAUCGCAAUAUUGUAGAAAAGUAUAUCUGCCAUAAACUUACAAAACGCGGCUACGUGUGGAGAUUUGAUGAUGUCCGAGAUGAAGACGCUGCUAAUAAUGGGUCAGUAGUUGCCCCCACUUUGGUGCGCCGGUGCCGUGAAGCCAGCACCGGGCCCGAAAACGAGAGCAUCCCCCACCUCUGCAAGCGGCUUCCCCAGUCCGACCCGCACGCCGCGAUCCACAGAGUUCUGCGUGAGGCUGGAGAUGAACUUGAAAGGUUAUACCAGCCGGACUUCACGGAGAUGUCGCGGCAGCUGUAUCUCACCUCCAACACGGCGCAGAGGAGAUUCGCCGAGGUGAUAGACGAACUGUUCCGGGACGGGGUGAACUGGGGCCGGAUUAUCGCUUUCUUCGAGUUCGGGAGCACGGUGUGCGUGGAGUGUGCGGCCAAGGAGGAGAUGACAUCGCAGGUGGACAACAUCGCGGACUGGAUGACGGAGUAUUUAAAUGGAUCUCUUUACAGCUGGAUACAAGACAACGGGGGAUGGGAUGCCUUUGUGGAGCUGUAUGACAGACAGAGGGAUUCAGUCUUCAGUAGCUCCUGGCCCUCCAUCAAGACAGUCUUUGGUCUGGCUGCACUCGGGGCAGCGAGCCUCACCAUCGGAGCAUAUCUUACGCAGAAGUGAAUCAGCCCUGUUCUAUCAGCUCAACUUGAUUCUCAACCCUCCCUCCUCUUCCUCUUCCUCCUUUUCUGUUUCCUUUUAAAGAUGCCCCUGACCCCCUCAGAGACAACCUUCAGACUUCCGAAUCUGGCUCUCUUCAAAGCCUUCUCUUAGAAACUCCCCUCUUCCUCACCCCUUCAUGUCAAAACAGACACAAAUCAAAACAACUAAAGGAACCAGAUGCACAGCCUGUACAGAGCAAAGGACAUCUUGAACACUGGCAGCUUAGAUGUAAUCAGACUAAGCUGAGCACAACUGAGGAGAAAGGAGGGAUCAGUGGCAUGCAUCUUUUUUUGUUUGUUUUGUUUCGUUCUGCCUGCUUCUGUACUAGUUAUAGCAUGAACAUUGAGUGUUAGUGUAGACGUUGCAUGUGUCAAUGUGGGCGAAAGGGAGCUCAUGCGGGACCUCCAUUUGGAGCAGGCCUUGAUGAUAGGGGGGUGUAGGGACAAUGAUGACGACGCCCCACACCAGAGAGGAAGUGGCCGCGGCCCCGCCCCUGCUUGUAAGGGUGAAGAACCCUGUUUGAACUGUGGACUCCAGUUACCCCCCCCCCCCCCCCCCCCCCGCAGCCGUCAUUCAAAGGACUUCCUCCACACAACAGCUGCUCAGAAUGUAUAAUGGAAACAGCUUGCUACAACCAGUGCGGUGUGUGUCUACUGAUUUCCCUCCUCAGACAGCUCCAGUGAAACUCAGAACACACAUCACCAUUAUACUCUCUCUGGACUUUAAUAAAGGAUGGGUUAGCCGAGUGGAGGACUGAGCUUUCUUCUUGCAGAGUUUUCAGAAUUCCUCGUUUGCGAGAAGUCUUAUGUUGGUUUGAAUUUUUGCAGCACACCAAACCCCAAGUCCUGUAGUUUUAACAGACAAAAAGAGGAGAAUGGAAUUUUUUUUCAAGGAUGAGAAAUGUGAAGAAGAAAGCUGUUGUUGCAGAUAUACUGUAAAUGUUAUAUGUUGCUGAGAGAAAUGUUGAGCACAGCACAAAAGAGCGAGGUAAAUGAAAAAAAUGCAUUUAGCAUCUUAAGAAGGGAGCAACAUGAAUGGAAGAGAUUUUAAGUGUGAAUUCCUCAAGUAAGUGAACAAGAUGGAUCCUCUACCCUAAAAACUCAUUUAGUCACCGGCCUUCCUAUUAGCACCUAGUAAUUCUAAAAUCUAUCACUCCUUUGUUAUUUUCUACCUCUGCUACUCUUCACUUACUCCAUUUGUGGUCAGAUUGUUUGGGCUCACCCAGGUUCACCCAUCUGUCCUCCAGCUGCUGAGGCCCCACAGAGACUCUUUAAUGUUAGAAUCUACUCUGACAUAGACGGUUGUUGAUGUGGACUGAGAAGAAGAAGAAAAAAAAAAACUUGCUUGCUCUCUCUUGCCCAUAGAUAAACUGUGUGGGAGACCACGGCAGCAGGGUUUCAGUUCAGGACUUAAGCCAGUGUGUGUCCCGUGUGCCGGAACCUGAGAUGUCCCUCUUCUCUCCGGCUGCAAAUGCAACAUUGAUUGGUUCCUUUUCAGUCUGUUUUUUUUUUCCUCUUUAAAUCGAUAUUUGUCUUGUGUUACAGUCCGACAGAAAUUUUUCCGAAAUGGCUCCAACAUAUUUUGUUGUUCAGCAAGUUGUACAAAAGUAGUUUUUAUUCCUUCUCUUCAACUUAUUUGCUGCAUGAAUGAAAGAUACGUCACAUGAUGAAUAAUCACUAUGUGUAACCAUAUUUAUAUCAGAACGGUGUAGAAGAUAACAAAUAACAACAAAGGAAUUGCAUUUUCUAUUUAUUGAGAGGUACCAAAUCACAGAUUUUUUUAACAGUACUUUGAUUAAACAAAUCAAUUGUUUUCACUUUUUCAGUCCUAUUGAAUCACACUGUAACUACAUCAUUUUUCUGGCUGCUAUCAUAACAAAAACAACAAAAAAACAUAAAAGUGAAUUUUUGUGUCGUAUUAAUAAUGGCUUAAGGCUGCUAUACUGUUGAUUUCACUUUUACUUACAGCUUAAACUGCCACAAAUUCAUAGUAGUGUAGGUCUAGAGAGCUGGAAACCAAAGUUAACUUGUAUGAUCCUUUACUUAAAAAAAAAAAUACUGAAGUAGCUUAAGGAGAAUACAUGUGGCUUCACUUUGACUUCACCAAGACUCAAUUCAGUGAGGUUUUAUGAUCUCUCUGUGGAGGGCUUGUCUAGUGUUACUGUACUAUAUCCGCUUAACUUUUAUCAACUUUGUGCUGGAAUGAUAACUCAGUGCUUGUGUGUAAAAAUGUUGACCUGCCAGAUCUAAACCUUUUCUCACUAUUACAGCUGAUGGUGUGUGAUAUUCCCAGUGGUGUGUGUGUAAGAGAUGCAGAGGGUGAUUAUUUGUGAGGAGGAAUAGGAACAGUUAAACAGCAAUAUACUGUAAUUUUUAUAUUCUUUGUGCAUUUUAUGAAUGUAGGCACUAUCGUUGCUGUACUGUUUUCUGUCUAUAAUUGCAGACCUGUAGCACUUAAAAAAAAAGUGAAAUGUGUUUCUGUUGUUUACUGAUAUAUCCACGAUAAGCUAGCGGGGAUAAUAUUGUUCCUAAUAAACCAGAUUUUUCAAAGCAUCUGCAGUCCAACUUCUUGCUUUCUGCUGUUUUUUUUUUCCAUUUUAUUUUUAUUUAUCAAUUCACAGCUUCGUCUGUCAGCAUGUGUGCAUGUCAACAAAACAGAAAGAGAAUAAGAGAUGUUUAGGUGGAGAGCAGUGUAUCAACAGUACUCUUUUGAUUAUCUGUUAUCUAUCUCCAGCUAUGUUCUG